AUGGCGGAACGACUGGAGCAGCGCUACUGCAUCAAAUUUUGCCAUAAACUGGGCGACAACCAAGUGGAAACCAUUUCGAAGAUUCAGACGGCUUUCGGUGACGAUGCUAUGAGCAGAACACAGCUUAAGGAGUGGUACAACCGGUUUAAAGACGGCCGCACACCGGUAGAGAGCGAGCCACGCUACGGUCGGCCAUCAAAAUGCCGAAAUGACCAGGUCAUUGCCGAAGCGAAUGCGGUGGUGAUGCGGGACCGUCGUGUGACUAUCCGAGAAAUUGCGAAAGAGGUGGGCAUCAGCACUUUUUCUGCACAAUCCAAUAUGACCGAAGAUUUGGCCAUGAAGAGAGUUGCGGCGAAAUUCGUGCCGAAGCUGCUCACGGUGGAGCAAAAGCAACUUCGUGUUGAAGUCUCAGAGGACAUACUGGAUUCCACAAACAGUGACCCCGACUUCACGAGCACCAUAAUCACUGGUGACGAGUCUCGAGUGUACGAGUACGAACCUGAAAGCAAAUCCCAGUCGUCACAGUGGAAGCAUUCCAAGUCACCUAGACCAAACGUGGCGCGUGACCUGAGCUCGUCGUGGUUCCUCGUGAACACCGCCACGGUGUCCUACUUCCGCGUCCAGUACGACGCGAACAACGUGGCCCUCCUGACGCACCAGCUGCUGACAGAUCACACGGCCCUGACCGACACCGCCAGGGCCAUCUUCCUCGAUGACAUGGUCGCGCUGACCGUCAGGCGGAUGGUGUCAGUCGAUGCCCUCGUGGGACUGCUCACGUAUCUGCAGAAGGAGGAGAGCUGCACGGUGUGGCACUUGUACUCUGAGACUGCCCUCAAGGCCUUGGAGCAGUUCUCCGGUCGAACCGAGUACAGGCCCUUCUACCUGAGGAACCAGGAACUCUGCGUCCUCUUGCAGCUGGAGCCCACCAUCGGCGGGUGCCUUGAAGUGAUGCGUCGGAAGACGUGCUGCAAUUUCAUCACGUGCACUACGCCCCACAACACUGCGCCUAAAUAG